AUGGCGAUUAAAGGCGGCUUCUUGCGUUUGGCUGCGAUCACUUGCUACUUCAUCGCUUUCUGCUCAGCAGUUGUCAUUACCGGCUCAUUCGCCUGGUUCACGGUCAGACACCAUGAAUCUCGCAACAUUGCAACCCUCGUCCUCGGCGGCGCUACUCUACUCUACACGAUCUUCAACACGAUCUUCACAUGCUGCACCGCCGGCAUAGCCUUCUUCGCCUUCACCAGCAUCUUGUUCGACAUCGUCUUCACCGGCGCCAUGAUAGCCGUGGCAGUCCUCAAUCGCUCUGCCACCAAUGGCUGCGAUGGCCCUCGAUACCCACGAGUGGUGUAUGAAGGACGAGGCCACACGGUUUGCAGGUUAUUCGUCGCAUCUUUCGCCGUGGCGAUACUUGCUGCUUUGAUGUUCGUCUUCACGAUCAUCUUCCAGAUUCUUAUUCGAUCGCGGGAGAAGCGUCAGACUUAUAGGUCGAAAGGUGUGUUGAGACCACAGUUCAGAUAA